CCGGUGCGGCGUCGGUGUUUUUGUGGCAUAACGAGCCUGUGCUGACGCACUCGGAGCAGUCGGGCCUGAGCCCAGGUUUCGAGUCGUCGUCCUGAGAUACCAGUACACACACGUGACGACGGCCCCUCCAGGACCAUGCGUUCGCGUAAUUCUUGUUGGUCUUGUUGUCUCUGUGCAGCUCAUCGAAACCCAUGAAGACAUCUGGAUCAGACGCUGUCCAUGCAGAGAUGUGCGUUCCACCCCUCCAGGGAACCGCACUCUGCACCCCGGCGCGCACGAAUCAUUUCUGGCUGAUGACAGUCGGCUCGCAACACUGGUCACAAGUCUACCCAGUACAGGAACGACUCUCCUGAUCCUACACUGGCAGCGCCUCUUGCCGAUAAAGAGCGCGACGCGUCCUCUGGCUAGCUGCCUCUUUACGUGCAAGACACUAGCGAGCGAGAAGCUCGGGAUUCGACGAAGAGCUGCGCGCCCUUCGCGCGUGCACUGUGCCUGAUCGCGCGCGGUCCAGAAAACCUCCGUACCCAGCGUUGGAGCGCGUUCGCGCGUCGGUCGCUUCCUGUAUCGGCCGUCCUUCUCUGAGAUGUGACUUCUACAUCGCCCUGCCUCGGUCUCCCCCUCCGCGCGAACUGUCGACGACACGUCCUGAUCAUCCGAGCUGCGAUACUCCGCUCCCUUCUCGCAUCCCGUUCCCCACCUUCGCGCGCUUCUUCCCGGUUCCGCCCCCUAGCAGCACUCGACGAAGAUUCGAAGGCGGCCACCGCCUCCUUGCACCUCGCGCGCACGCGCGCGCACGGAUCUGCGCACGCGUCUCCCGGACGUCCGACCCCAGACCGAUUCCACUAGAAUGGCGAAUGCAGCCGGUGAUCUGCGCUGGCUCCCAUAUCUGGGCGGACGUUCCCCCGCACGUCCUCCCCGCGCGUAUAUCUCGGGAUCUCGUUCGCCCGGGCUCGCUGCCUUAUUCCGCAUGGCCAGGGCUACUUCCUACGCCUCGCUAGGAUCCUCGAUCCGCCUCGCGACCAUUCGCACUGCCAUGUUGGACAAGGUCGAUGGCUUCUGGGUGGAGGGAGCAUCAUCGCCCUCCGUUCUGCGUUCCUUGGUGUUGAUUUGAACAACCGUACAGACACCGCAGUCCCGUCUGCUAGCGCGUCGUUAUCAGGCUUUGGGGGCUUCGUUCCACGUUGCUGGAUCCCGAUAUGUCCACAGCCGGAUGCCGCUUUGCUUCAAGCUUCUUCACGACUCGCAUGCGCCGUUGGUGGUAGAAGCCGCAGAGAGAUGCGAUGCGUUCAGGUACCCCCGCCACGCACCGCGGCAGCCCGGGCCACGGAAACCGCGCACGAAGAGACCCUCGGAACGCCUGCACCGCGGUCGACGACAAGCAGCGAUCAACAUCCGACUCGUUCAGCUGGCGGCUCAGCGCCCUUGCCUUUCCUCAGACCAGACCUGUCUCUGGGGUGCUCACCCUGGCUUGCGCGCGUCCGCUCUGUGCGGUACAGUAUAGUCGGGUUGAUGGCAAUGUCUGAGUCCGAGCCCAGGCAGCGCACCGGCGUCUUCUGAGCCGGACGGGCCACCCCGCCGCGCCCCGAGCCUCGCAGAUCUCAAUCUCGGCAUAGACGGUGGCUAACGCGCUCCAUCCUUGAGCCAGUCUCAGUCUCACUUGGCAGAUCGUCAUGCUAGCUAGUACAGUGCUCU